UGGGGAAUAUCGCCGUUGAACGUUCCGUCGGACCCACAGGAAGUGUUAGUUGCACCGGAAACCAUGACGUCUGCCACGUCCCCCAUCCUCUUGAAAUGGGACCCAAAGAGCCUGGAGAUCCGUACCCUGACAGUAGAGAGGCUGCUGGAGCCGCUGGUCACACAGGUGACCACCCUGGUGAACACCAGCAACAAAGGCCCGUCGGGGAAGAAGAAGGGGCGCUCCAAGAAGGCCCACGUGCUGGCCGUGUCCGUGGAGCAGGCCACCCAGAACUUCCUGGAGAAGGGUGAGCAGAUCGCUAAAGACAGCCAGGACCUGAAGGAGGAGCUCAUCGCUGCCGUGGAGGACGUCCGCAAGCAAGGGGACACCAUGCGCGUGGCCUCGUCGGAGUUCGCCGACGACCCCUGCUCCUCGGUGAAGCGCGGCACCAUGGUGAGGGCGGCCCGCGCGCUCCUCUCGGCCGUUACCCGCCUGCUCAUCCUGGCCGACAUGGCCGACGUCAUGAGGCUGCUGGCGCACCUGAAGAUAGUGGAGGAGGCCCUGGAGGGAGUGAAGAAUGCGACCAAUGAGCAGGACCUAGCCAACCGUUUCAAAGAGUUUGGGAAGGAGAUGGUUAAGCUCAACUAUGUGGCAGCUCGCAGACAGCAGGAGCUGAAGGACCCCCAGUGUCGGGACGAGAUGGCGGCGGCUCGCGGCGCACUGAAGAAGAACGCCACCAUGCUCUACACCGCCUCGCAGGCCUUCCUGCGGCACCCGGACGUGGCGGCCACGCGCGCCAACCGCGACUACGUCUUCAAGCAGGUGCAGGAGGCCAUCGCCGGCAUCUCCAGCGCCGCCCAGGCCAACUCCCCCGUGGACGAGAAGCACGGGCACGCCGGCAUCGGAGAGCUGGCCGCCGCCCUCAACGAGUUUGACAACAAGAUCAUCCUGGACCCGCUGACGUUUAGCGAGGCCCGCUUCCGGCCCUCCCUGGAGGAGCGUCUGGAGAGCAUCAUCAGUGGCGCCGCCCUCAUGGCCGACUCCUCGUGCACGCGGGAUGACCGCCGCGAGCGCAUCGUGGCCGAGUGCAACGCCGUGCGCCAGGCCCUGCAGGACCUGCUGAGCGAGUACAUGAACAACGUGAGUCUUUACCCCCUCUCACACGUUCUCUCACACACACACACACACACACACACACACACACACACACACACACACACACACACACACACACACACACACACACACACAGACAGACAGACAGACAGACAGACAGACGCACACACAUGCAUACGCACGCACACACACACACACACACACGCACAAACACACACACACGCGCUCACAGACACAAGCACACACAUGCAUACACACGCACACAUGCAUACACACACAUGCAUUUAAACAUACGUACACACAGACAAACCCACAUGCAUAUCCACAAAUACCCACACUAACAAACGUAUGCAUGCAUACGUCACACAUACACACAAUUUGCAUACACGUUUAUGCUUAUGCUUGAUAGGAUGAUCGGUCAAUUUUUUCGAUAGAUUAGGACAUUCAUAGUUCAAAUGUAUGCUCAUUGCUGUUUGUCAGGCAAAGCAAACACAUGCUAUUAUUUCUGACAGUUAAUCAUAUUUCCGACAUUGCAGAUAUGCAAUCAUUUCCUGUUAUCCAAUGGCCCUAUGUAUUUGUGCAGUUAGGUUGUUGCUGCUGCAAUUGUGGCGACGAUUCCACAAUGCAAAAGCUAGUUACUUAAACCCAUCCUCUAUUGGGUUAGGGCACACUGAUGAAAGCCUUUUCAUUCAUAGUAUCAUGAAUGUUACCAACUGGGUGUGGGCUGCCAAUUUCCCGCUAUGCAUUCAAAUGACAAGCGGCCCUCAGUGACGCUUUUUCCAUCACCUAUUACAUAACAAGCUCUGAGCUCUCCCUCAGUGCUACUAUUCAUAUUUUCAAACACAGUCAAAGCGAGAUCAAAGUUAUAUCCAAGUUUCCAAGGUUUUAUUCAAAGUUAAUUGCUCUGCCCGAAAGGGUAUGGCAGAGCUACAGCAGCAGACCCGCUCCUCAACUCACUCGUGUGCGUGUGUUGCUGCCUACUGGUUUUUGGAGAUCUUUGAGAUUGACAAUUUGCCCUUCAACACAUGAUGUUUGAUCGGUUAAAGAGUCAAAAUAACAAACGUUCUGUUAUUGUUUUUAGUGCUUUCGUAAAUUUUUGCACAAAAAAGGAACAAGAGUAGGGUUUUUGCUAUUCAAAGAUAACUUCCGAAACAUCGACAUUUUAGGAAGCUUGAAAAAGCAUUAACAUUAAAGUGCUUUUUACUCUUUAAUUAAAGUCAAAGAACUAUCAGUGGAGUUUUCCUUCAUUAAUAUUACAGCAUCACACAACUUUCUCGAAAACAUUAUAAGUCACAUUAAAAGCCUCCAAAAUGAAUGAUUUGGUUCUUCGCCAACCCCCUUCACUUACAUUUAUUUGAAUAGGCAUGAACAGAGUCAGUGUAGUGGAUCAGGAGAGAGAGAGAGAGAGAGAGAGAGAGAGAGAGAGAGAGAGAGAGAGAGAGAGAGAGAGAGAGAGAGAGAGAGAGAGAGAGAGAGAGAGAGAGAGAGAGAGAGAGAGAGAGAGAGAGAGAGAGAGAGAGAGAGAGAGAGAGCACAUACAUACAUAGAGAGAUUUUACCAUGGCGAGAAAGAGAGACAUACAUCCAUAGAGAGACAGACAGAAAGACACUAGCAGGGAGAUGUGUCAGUAGAAAGACGGAUGGAGAGUUCUAUCCUGUGUAAGGCACUGGGUGACAGGGAGAGGGUAAUGCAGUGUCCACAGCGUGACGCUGGCAGCACGGUGACUUUCUUAGCUCCACAGCCUUAAUAUAGUGCAAUACAUCACAGUGAAAGCCCAAGUGUGUAAGCACCAUAGCGCCGGAGAUACAGGGCCUGGCUCGGUGCUUAGAUAACCCCUAAUAGCCUUGGCUGAAGCACUAACUUACUGCAGUGUGCCGGCCUGCUUUUAACAGUCACAUGUUGAACUAGGGUGGAAACUAGCGGAGCUCUCUCUCAACCGCUUGCAUCGCUGUUUCCCGCUUGGGUUUUCUGAAUUGGACCUUUUGCCAUUGGCAGUGCACUCUCCAAUGAAGGCAUGGUCGACUGUUGAGCUGAGGCUGACAUCUUGAUCACUGGCAUUAACUUUCAGCGUUUUGUUUUUUGCGUAGUCGUACAUGGCCUCGAGUUGCCAUUUCAUCGACCGCCAAAGCCCUUCUUGUCUCUCUUCCUCCCUUACUUGCCCACGCCUUUCACCCCUCAGGGUUAAUGAGGCAUUAUGCUUUCCGAACGUAAUCUCCAAGCUUUCCAAACAAUUGGAUGUGGAUGACUGAAUCAGCAGGUCAAUGGUACUUCUUUACCUGAACACCUGGAUAUAAGGAAGCCUCAGCUGCAAAUUGCAGAUGAUCCGCCAUCAUGCCAAUUUGUUACUCUGUGCGUCAUGAGAUGUAGCCUUUGCUCCCAACAGGCAGCAACAUGAAGGUAAAUUGGAAAAGACAUUAAAAAAAAUGCAUUUUAGAUGUAUACAUCAUCGGUGCCCUAAAAUGUCAGACUACUAACCACUGCGUGUCAAAAUGACGAGUAGUGUGUGAAAAAAAAUUGCCAUGUCAACAUAACUUUCACUACGAGUGCGCCAGUGGAACAGCCGCAUUGCCUUCUCUUGCCUGAGAAAGUGGAGAUGGGUUUCUGUUUGCCUCCUUGCGAUGCUGACUUCAUAUCCAAAGUUUCAUUAAACACAGCUUAGAGAUGCUCGCUGCUUCGGGUAGCUUCUAUAGCUAACGUGCCCCAUACGACACACACUAUCUAUCUCAGCAAGCUCAAGAGAGCUCUCUUCUGUGCUGGUCAGGGGUGAUUAUUGGAAGCGUUGGACCUUUGAUGCAUGCUUUAUCCUCUGUAUCCCUAUCCUUUAUGAAUUCAUCAUUAUCCCAUCCUUGCAGGUCAUGAGUGAUCGGGUGAAUUUACAGUGUUAGAGAGCCGCCCAUUUGUAUCAGCCUAUUUGCUAUGUGUCGGAUGUCAUUUAAGGUCAUCAAGCCAUUGCCCCGUCUGCUGAAUAUCGAUGUCACAAUAUCAACUCUCUUGCUGAUGUGGGAGAAUUUUACUAUACCCUUAAAAGGAUUAUCAUCAUUAUCUUGACUUAAAUGCUCUAUGAAUGAGAUAAGUGGGGAAAGAACACUGUGUUGGGGAGUCUCCUGAAGGGACCCUAGCUUCCUAAAAAGAUCAUCUAUUAUUCUGUGCCACCAGUAUCUAAUAUUCCCGGUACAAUAUAAUUCUUGUGAUGAGGUCGAGACAACCUUAUGAUUAAAAAGUGUUGGAUUGGAAAGAAAUGGAUAAGGAAGGCGAGGGAUGAGGGGAACUGCUUUCCCUUGAUGGAUAAGGGAGGCAAGGUGUAAGGAUGAGGGGAACUGGGUGAAAGGUUUGAGCCACCAAUACGUGGCCAACCAAGUUAUGCUUAAAGACCAUGAACAGAACAGGAAGAAACGGAAGUCGGUAGAUGUAUGGGCAUUGUUUGAUAACAGCCCGGGCGUGGAGCUUAUGUGAGGAAUCACAGAGCGCGACUAUAAAAACUGUUUGCCAAAGCUGGAAAAGCAGGUGUUCUGCAGACCAGCUCGGCUUUUAAAUUACUUUGUUAAAGUUCUAAAUAAAGGUCCUCAACUUUAUCCGGUGGUUUCCUUAUCUCUUUCCUUGUUAGAGUUUAAGGGUUGUACUUUCCACAACACUGACAAAAGGCACCGUGCAAUAACCAAUGAGCUCGCUAUCGCUCUGCCGUCGGCAGGCUAUUGUUCUCGUACCCUCUCUCUGAGACAAGAAAGGCCCUCUGGAACGCUACUCUGUCAAGCUAAAGCUUCUCUCAGAUCACAACCCGCGCCCUGCGUGCUUGUGUACAUUCGACGGGGGGCGCGCUCCUGCACAUGUCUGACUGGAAGUGAUACCGUGUAGGGUGAUGGCACAUGUUCGUGGUCUACUUAUUAUCGGUAAUAUUUCUCUGGUAGAAUUGACCAUUUUCAGGACCACUCACUCAAGGAUAAACAAGGUGGAAACAACGGUUUUUGGUACAGUUUCGGUACCCCCGUUUACAGUUGCAGUGCAGUGUGU